GCGGCACGCGGGCGGCAGAGGCCUUGCGCGCCUGGACCUGGGGGUUACGGGGAGGCGGCCGCGUGGACUUGGGCCGAGCACGCUGGUCAUGGUGUGCGGGCAGCUGCGGGCCUGAGCGGGAGCCAGCGGGCGUGGCUGGGCCUUCGCUGUGCGGGCUGCUGGCUCCGGGGCCCCUGAGGCGACGCCGGGCGGCCCACGUUGUGACUUCACAGUUGACAUCAUGGACAUAUGUGAGUCAAUCCUGGAGAGGAAGCGGCAUGACAGCGAAAGGUCUACGUGCAGCAUCUUAGAGCAGACAGACAUCGAAGCUGUUGAGGCUCUUGUUUGUAUGAGCUCCUGGGGUCAAAGAUCCCAGAAAGGUGAUCUAUUAAAGAUCAGACCCCUCACACCUGUCUCUGACUCUGGGGACGUCACCACCACUGUGCAUAUGGAUGCGUCUGCACUUGAGCUACCAAAGGACUUCCAUUCUUUAUCGACUCUGUGCAUAACACCUCCUCAGAGCCCUGAUCUCGUGGAACCAUCAACGGGAUUACCUGUUCCUUCCCAAGCAACUGAUUCCAAAGCACGCAAAGAGAUGGCCAUCUCCCCGUCCUUUGCUGUUGCAGCCAGAGUGCUGAGCAGGAGGGUGGAGAUGCGCUUGCCUGGUUUGAAGCCAGAGCCACUAGAGCCAGCCCCUGGCCCCCCUUGCAGGGCCGUGGUGACCAGUGUGAUCCGCCACACUGGGGAGGGUCCUGUUCCUGUCCACUUUCCUGCCAUUCAGACUCCAGAACGACGACUUUCUGACAACAGAGAAGGAGAAGCACAGUUUCUGGGACAUUUUGAAGCUUUGCAGGACUCAGGCCUCACAGACAGAUUACUCAGCGCUAACUUGGUGUCUUGUCAGCCUUGCUUGCGCAAGUCUGGGGGCCUGCUCCCCACUGACAAAGGCCAACAGGCAGGGUGGCCCAUGGCAGUUCAAACCUGCUCACCAAAGAAUUAUGAAAAUGACUUACCAAGGAAAACCACCCCCCUGAUCUCUGUCCCUGUCCCCAGUCCCCCUGUCCUUUGCCAAAUGAUCCCUGUGACUGGACAAAGUGGGACAUUAUCAGCUUUUCUGAAGCCCCCUCCCCAGUUGUCUGUGGGGACUGUCAAACCCAUCCUACCCCAGGCUGCUCCGGUGCCUCCACCCGUGCUGGUGGGAUCACCUGUGCCUCAGGGAGCUGUCAUGCUGGUUCUGCCCUCAGGAGCGGUCCCCCAGCCUGCCACCUGCUCUGCCAGCGUCAUGACUAUUGGAAACACCAAGUUGUUGCCCCUUGCCCCUGCUCCAGUGUUCAUUGCUUCCAGCCAAAAUUGUGCCCCUCAGGUAGACUUUUCCCGAAGGAGGAACUAUGUUUGCAACUUCCCAGGCUGUCGGAAGACCUACUUCAAAAGUUCCCACCUCAAAGCUCAUCUUCGUACUCACACAGGGGAGAAGCCUUUCAGCUGCAGCUGGGAUGGCUGUGAUAAAAAAUUUGCUCGUUCAGAUGAACUGUCUCGCCACCGCAGAACUCACACAGGGGAGAAGAAGUUUGUGUGCCCGGUGUGUGACCGCCGUUUCAUGCGCAGCGACCACCUGACAAAGCAUGCCCGGCGCCACAUGACUGCCAAGAAGAUCCCGGGCUGGCAGGCAGAGGUCGGCAAACUGAACAGAAUUGCCUCCGCAGAGAGCCCCGGGAGCCCACUUGUGAGCAUGCCAGCUUCUGCCUAAAGGUUGGCUAGGGGUGGCCCAGGGGGCUUUUAAAAAGCCUCUUUUCAGGAAUGGAGCUGAUGGGUUCCUCUCCAAAAAAAUGGUCUUAGGGGCUAGGGGAAGGUUGGGGAGUUGGUUCUGAUGAAAGUAUGUUAACUUUUCUUUUCUGGUUGGGACCCUGUUCAAUAUCUUUUAUAGUUUGAGAAUUUUUUUUUAAGGAAAUGGAAGAAAAUUUGGUAAUUUAAAUCACCAGCAUUCAGGCAGACAUUUUGGCAAUAGAGUUUACAAAAUCUGGAUUUUUACAACCUUUCUAUUCAUGUUUUGUAGAAAUGAGACAGGGUACUAAUUUUUAUACUAUUUUUUAUAAGAAUAUUUAUAUUGAUUGUUGGUGCUCCCAUCACCAGUUUCUAGAUAGAUGAUUUUACAACCUUAUUUUCAGUGUUUAAUAACAACGUUUUUAUACGACCCUGCCUUUAGUAAACUUGACACAUUAUUUAGCCAAAAAAAAAAAAAAAUCACGUUUGUUUAUUAGGGCUUUUAGAUCUAAGAAUUUUUUUGAAAUCAGAACAGGCUGAAUAAGGGCCUCUUAAAGAAAAGGGAAAAAUAAAUUUUGCAAUUAACUUCUUUAUAACAUUUUCAAGGGAAACUCCAGGCAACCAUUCCUGUCACCCAAGGAACUACAGUUUUGGUUGACUUGAAGUAGUGACCUGUGUCCAUAGUGGGACUUGUGAAGGACGUACCCCAGAGGGUAGCUUAAGCCACUGGAUAGAUCCCAGGAGUGGGAGCUGAUGCAGGAUCGAAUGUCUGUGUGUGAUGCUGCCUUUUGGAUUAUUGCUCUGCUUGAAAGCAAGGCAUUCAGUUUCCUGUGUUUGUACGUAAAACUCCAAAAAAGACGAGGUAAACACUCAAGCCCAUCCCCUUUGGUGAUUGUCUUCUUUUGAUGUGGCCUUAUCCAUACUAUAUUGUGGGUAGAACAACUUCUUAGAGAAAAAGCACAUGUCUGUAUUGGUUGGUGAACUUUCCACCAAAGUACAGCUUAUCUGAAGUGAGGUGCAUGUGCAGGUAGAGGGCUCCAAGGAUCUGAUUCUUUAUUAAAUAUUAAAAACUAUAGGAAAUGCAAGUUACACUAAGUGACAGUAAUACCACCCAGCUGCCCUUUCAUUCAUUUUCUUUAAAGGAAAUUGUUUUGAUCAAACGAAAUUACUUGGAAUGGGGUUUUUUAUAGUCUGUCUAGAAAAUAGACUGGGGACAUCACUUAUAAGCUGUAUGAGCACAUGUCCUGCAUGUACAAGAGACUGUGGCCUCCUGCAUCCAAGAAGCCACUGACACUGGUUUUUGUUAAAUAUUGGAAGUUCAGGCAACAGAAUAAAUGUAAGGUUACACAGAAUGUUGCACUACUUUGGUAGCCUGAGAAUAUUUUUUUAUUGUGCAGUACGUGUUUAGAGUUUGACUUGGCCUGUUAGUUAUUGGCAUUUACCUUCAAAAUGAUGGUAAGAUGAACUACUGAAUAACUGAAUAAAACUAGGUUUUGUUUUCAGGUCUUUCUAGUGUGAUAUGGCUCCCACCUGGCCAUGAUUGUAUAUGUUACUUGAUGCCCAUUAAGUUGCUCUUUACUAUCAACUAUUAUUUGACAUAUGUGUAUGUGUUUUUAGGAGGUUUUCAUAUGUGUGGACAGUUCCAUAGGUGCGUGUUCCUGUUGUCCUGAGACGUAGCACAGUUGCAGGAGAACUGCAGUUGCACGUAGCUCAUCUGCCCCCAUCCUUUCUCCUACUCAUGUUAAAUCAGCAUAAACAUUUUUGACUGCAUGCCAUAAAUGGCAUCAAAUUUGGAUAUUUUUCUUAAUUAUGACAUGCAAAGUAAUGUUAGUCCUACUAGUGUUUGGUGGAUAAUACAAGGCCUUUGAGUAUUUGGUUGUUUGUCACAUAGAACGUCAUUCUCUGAGCAGUGUUGUUUCUACAGAAUAGAUAUGUUGAAAUUGGUUUUAAAUUAUACUUCCAUUUCCUGAUUAGAUUUGGAAAUACCUCUAUAAACGAUUCCCCACCCCAUUUGUCUAUUGAAAGACUGUGUUGGGAAACAGUUCCUGUCUGAAAAAUACUCUCCUGAGCGGCAGAGCCCUCGCUCACUGCUCCAGCACGGAGCCCCUCCGCGGGCAGCUCUGGGUGCUGGAGGUGGAGCGGGAGCAGGAGGGUUCCCCAGUGCACUUUAUCGCCUGAGCAGUUUUGCUUGAUCUUUUUUGACUUUGAGCCUUUUAAGUAGUUUCAAUUAUAAAACUUAAAAUGUUUCGUAAUUAUGUUUUAUGUAACAGACUUUGACUUACUAUUUAAAUGAGUAUGUGUAAUAUAACUUCUUUCUUUGAAUCAUAUAAAACUUUCUUGAUUUGCAAA